CGCGGUGACAGUAUCUGCAGCCUUCGGUGGGCCAUGUCAUUAGACUUCGGCAGUGUGGCCCUACCGACACAGAAUGAAGAUGAAGAAGAAUAUGACAAGGAAGACUAUGAAAGGGAGAAAGAGUUGCAGCAGUUACUCACAGACCUUCCUCAUGAUAUGCUGGACGAUGAUCUGUCCUCUCCUGAGCUCCACUAUUCGGACUGCAGCGAGGAUGGUACAGAGGGAGACCUGCGUCAUUCAGAGCAUUUGGAAAUGAACUGGAAUGAGCAUCAUGUGCUGCCUAAAUCUCAAAGUGUAAAUGAAUAUAACGAGAUUCAGGGUUUAUAUGUUGGAAAUAAAAGUGGCAGUGACUGGGAAGAGAAUCAAAGUAAAACUGAAGACCAGUGUGCUGGAUACCAUCCUGAAGAAUGUGGAGAUGAAGGUGGAAGUGGUUAUAGUCCUCCAAGCAAAUAUGAACAGACUGAUUUAUACCACCUUCCUGAAAAUUUUCGGCCCUAUACCAAUGGCCAGAAGCAAGAAUUUAAUAGCCAAUCAAGCAAAGUAAUUCAAUUUUCAGAUCCCCCCAGGAAUCAUUUUCAGCCAUUUGGUAUAUCACAAGGUCCCAGUUGUGAAGCUUUGGAACCGUAUAAAGUGACAUAUAAACCUUAUCAAUCUUCUGUCCAGAAUAAUGGCACACCAACCCAAGAGGUAGCAGGAAGUGAAACAUUUGAAGGCCUGCAGCAACAAUUUUUAGGAGCUAAUGGAAAUUCUUCAGAAAAUAUGCAGAUUAUUCAGCUUAAGGUUCUUAACAAAGCAAAAGAGAGACAACUAGACAAUUUAGUUGAAAAGUUAAAUGAACGUGAACGUCAAAUAAGAUAUCUAAAUCACCAACUUCUGAUGAUCAAAGAUGAAAAGGAUGGUUUGACCCUUAGCCUGCAAGAAUCACAGAAACUCUUUCAGAAUGGAAAAGAAAGAGAGAUUCAACUCGAAGCACAAAUAAAAGCACUGGAGACUCAAAUACAAGCACUAAAAGUCAAUGAAGAACAGAUGAUUAAGAAGUGCAGGACCACUGAACUGGCUCUGGAAAGUGUGAAGCAACAGCUGCUGGACCUUCAUCAUUCUGAAUCACUUCAGCGUGCCAGAGAGCAGCAUGAGAGCAUUGUCACUGGCCUCACCAAGAAGUAUGAAGAGCAAGUGUUGUCCUUACAAAAGAAUUUGGAUGGUACAGUCAUGGCACUUAAGGAACAGGUUGGGAUGAUUUCAAAUGAGCAACUAUUACCAACAAGCUCAGUACAGGAGGUGGCUCAGCUCCGACUCCAGCUGCAGCAAGCACAGAAAGCGCAUGCUAUGAGCGAAAGCAUGAACAAGGCUCUGCAGGAAGAAUUGACAGAACUAAAAAAUGAAAUUUCUCUCUAUGAAUCUGCAACGAAACUAGGAAUACUCCCAAAUGACUCCGAAGGAGAAUUAAAUGUAGAACUCGCUGAAUCCUAUGUGGAUUUGGGUAUUAAAAAAGUCAACUGGAAAAAAACAAAAAUUAAGAGCAUUGUACAGCAAGGAGACCCAAAUGAAGAGCUCUCCAAAGACGAAGUCAUUGUGAAGCUGAAAGCAGAAGUGCAGCGUUUGCUGGGUAGCAACUCUGUGAAGCGUCAUCUGGUGUCUCAGUUACAGAAUGAUCUCAAAGACUGUCAAAAGAAAAUUGAAGAUCUCCAACAAGAGAAGGAGGGAAGAAGUAGCGAACUUGAGGAUCGUAAGACUAAAACAAGCAUCUCAGACAAACCAACUACUCAAUUGUGGUCUGACUCUCUUACUUCUGACAUGAUGGUGAAAGAUAAUAUUCUGCAACUAAGAAAUGAAAUUCAAGUCUUACAACAACAUAAUCAGGAACUUAAAGAAACUGAAGAAAAACUGAGAAAUAAAAAUCAACACUUAUGUAACCAAAUGAGACAGAUGGUACAAGAUUUUGACCGGGAUAAACAAGAAGCCAUAAAUAGGUGUGAGAGGACUUACCAACAGCACCAUGAAGCCAUGAAAGCACAAAUACGUGAAAGCCUGUCAGCAAAGCAUGCUUUGGAGAAGCAGCAGCUCUUUGAGGCUUAUGAGGGGACUCGCUUGCAGCUCAGGUCUGACUUAGAUAAGAUGAAUAAGGAGAUGACUGCUGUACAGGAGUGUUACCUAGAAGUAUGCAGAGAGAAGGAUAAUCUGGAAUCAACGCUCAGGAAGACCUUUGAAAAGGAGCAACAAACCCAGGAGCAGAAGAUCAAGCAAGAACUUAUCCAACAGCUUGAAAAGGAAUGGCAGUGUAAGCUGGAUCAGACUAUAAAGGCAAUGAAAAAGAAAACAUCAGAUUGUUGCAGCCAAACUGACCAAGUAGCUGCCAUUGAUGCUGCUUCCAAGAAAGAGAUGGCAAUCACGGUAGAAGAGCAGAAGCGAAAGAUCCAGCAAGAUAUAGAGCAAGAGAAGGAAAUAGCAGUCAAGGGGAGCUUGAAGGAACUUGAGCUUGAAUUGGAACUCAAAUAUUGUGCCAAUAUUGCCAAACAGGUAGAAACAGCUGUGCAAAAUGCUCGUGUUCGAUGGCUGGAGGAACUGCCUGAGCUUGCAGAGUAUAGAGCACAUGUAAAAGUGGAAAAGAAGAAGUGGGAAGAACAGCAAGAGAUUUCUGUGGCCAAACGGAUAUCAUUUGCUGUUUCUGAAGCUAAAGAAAAAUGGAAAAGUGAACUUGAAACUAUGAAGACUGUAAUACCUGCAAAGGAAUUGGAAGAGAAGAUUAAUUCUCUUGAGAGGGAGCUUGAAUUGAAGAAUGAGGAAACCCCUGUGGUUGUCAGAGCCGAGUUGGCCAAGGCCCGGAGUGAGUGGAACAAAGAAAAGCAAGAAGAAAUCCACAAAAUUCAAGAACAAAAUGAGCAAGAUUACAGGCAAUUUUUAGAUGAUCAUCGAAAUAAAAUUAAUGAGGUGCUUGCGGCAGCUAAAGAAGACUUUAUGAAACAGAAAACUGAGCUACUUCUUCAGAAGGAGACAGAAUUGCAGACAUGUCUAGACCAGAGUCGUAGAGAAUGGACUAUGCAGGAAGCCAGGCGGAUCCAACUGGAAAUCUAUCAAUAUGAGGAAGAUCUCUUAACUGUACUGGAAUUUCUGUUAAAGGAUACCCAAAAGGAGCGUGUCAGUGGCUCCAGUGACAAGCAACUUCUGGAACUUGUGUCGACUUGUUCUUCUAAAUGGGUGUCUGUACAAUAUUUUGAAAAACUGAAGGUGUGCGUACAGAAAGCAUUUCGAGAUAUGGUCUCCCUCCUGAAAGAAAAUGCCCACCCAGAGGAAAAGAAAAAUGCAGUCAAGAUUUCUAAAGAUCCUUCCCCUGCGGUCACUAGCAGACAAGACACUGGAGCCACAGUAAUCCUUCCUGCACCCUCUUCUGGACACCACACUCAGCCCUUGGCCUCACCAGAAACAGAAGCAGAACCUGGUAAGAAAAAGAUCCUUGACAUUAAAGAUUCAUGUUGUGGAAACUGCUUCCAAGAACUUGAGAAGGCAAAGCAGGAAUGUCAGGAUCUGAAAAGAAAACUGGAGAAAUGCUGUAGGCAUUUUCAGCACUUAGAAAGGAAACACAAAGCCGUAGUGGAGAAAAUUGGAGAAGAGAAUAAUAAAGUUGUCGAAGACUUAAUAGAGGAAAAUAACGACAUGAAGAAUAAAUUGGAAGAACUGAGAACUCUUUGUAAAACACCGCCAAGGUCAUUAUCAGAAGGGGCCAUUGAAAAUGCUUGUCUGCUGUGCCAUGGCGGAGCCUUGGAAGAACUUCGAGGGCAGUAUAUUAAAGCUGUGAAAAAAAUUAAGCGUGAUAUGCUUCGUUAUAUUCAGGAGAGUAAGGAAAGAGCUGCAGAAAUGGUAAAAGAAGAAGUAUUACGAGAACGCCAAGAAACUGCCCGAAAGAUGCGCAAAUAUUACUUGACUUGUCUCCAACAGAUUUUGCAGGAUAAUGGAAAACCAGAAGGGGCUGAGAAAAAGAUUAUGAAUGCUGCAAGCAAACUUGCUACAAUGGCAAAAUUGCUGGAAACACCUACUUCUAAUAAAUCCCAAGGCAAAACUACACAAUCAGCACUGCCUCUGACUUCAGAGAUGCUGGUUGGAGUCGAAAAAUCAAAAGGAGAUGAUGUGAAUCAGAAUAUACCAUAUCACACUGAGAGCAGAACAAACGGUGUAAAAACUACCUGCGGGAGUCCAUGUGACCAAGUCCCUAAGAAGAAGGCUGCUUGUAACUUGCGAACGAGGUUGGAGGAAGCACAGCAUGGGGAUGUAAAGCAUGUGGGUUCAAGGUCACACUCAGAUUUUCGGUUCCGGGAUACCAGUUGCAAACACCUAGAUAUUUUGCCAAAGAAUGUUUCUCCUGAUUUUGUUCCUUGCGAAGGUGAAAGAGGCUUUGGUUUGCGCAAGAAGGAUGGCCUCCUCUGUGACACGGGCUCUGAAUCACUUCCACAUUCCGCUGCAUACCCCUUUCUUGCGUCCUGUGGAAGUAAACUCUCACCUAGAUAUACCCCGGCCCUCUCUGAAUCUGGAUCCCUACAGAUAAACUUUCGAAGUCCUGAUGAAAGACUUGGUUUAAAAGUAUAUAAGUGUAAUCCACUAACAGAGAGUGAAAAUGCUACAUCUGAGAAAAGUGAAACUUCAGGUGUUCCAGAACCUCCAAUAAAAGAAGGGGGGGACCUUAGUGACUCCGAGGGCUGGCAUUCCAACAGCGCCACUCUACCCUGCAUCAACCCCGAAGUGCCAUUUCCACAUGGUGGGUCGCAGGGGACUCCGGAUACGCUAAGUGAAUCUCUCAGUUUCAAGCAGUUUCCAGCAACCUGUUGUCUUUCAGAUACAGAGGAAAAUGUGAUUUAUCAAUCCAUGAACUGUCAGAAGGGUCAUGCUACAGACCUGACCGGAGAAAAUAUGUAUUCCCAGCCAGGGAAGAUCGCUCUGACUCUUGGCCACCCAUUUCAUCGAAAGUUAGUACCAUCUUCGUUGUGCCAGCGGCCUCUGAGAAAAUUAAUUGGUCCUCUAUCUGAUCAACAAGAUAGUGGCUUUGAUAGUCCCUUUGUCAAUCUAGACUAAGUGCUGUACAGUAUUUAAGGAGAAUCAUUAAUAUAUUGACAAGAAAAUGGAAAGGGAAGAUUUCAUACUGAGGAAGUUGUGGCCUCUGCCUAUCUUGAGAUGCUCUCAUAGCAGCUAUAUGAGUAAAAUAUUCUCAUAAAAUUACUUGAGAUAUUAAUAUCGAUCGCCUUAAUAUCCUAAAGGCCUGAUAGUGUAUGUGUAAUCUGUUUCUGUGUGGUGCUUGUAUUUGGUGAUGAAACUAUUUUUAUACUUACAAAUCAGCUUUCUGUGCAGUGUUAAUUUAUUUAAAUAAA